CGCCUGCUCGGAGCGCGCCGACGAUGGCGUCGUCCACCGUGUCGAUCACCGCGCCGCGCGUCGCAGUUCCGAUGCGAUCGACUCGUGCGAUGCCUCGGGCGACCGUCGCGAUGGCUCGCGCGGGUCGGGGCUCCUCGUCCGGGAGGCGCGCGAACACGCUCAAUCGCAGGCGCGAAGACGAGAGGCGGAGGUCGGAGGAGCGCGCCGCCGCGCCGCCCUUGGAGUCGAUGCGCGAAGUUCUCGCGCUGCUCGCCAGCCUCGAGCUCGGUGCGCCGACCGCCGCGUCCGAUGACUCCCCGGAGGACGGAUCACCCGGGGUGUACCUCGCGAGGCGGCGGUCCGACGGGAGGGCGAGUUUCGGAGCGUCGAUCGAUCUGGCCGCCACCUCGGCGACGAUGCGGGAGGAUCCCGGGAACGCGGAGAUGAUUCACGUGGUCGUGACGGACGAGGCGACCCGGUCCUCGCUGGUUGAGAGGCUCGGUAAGCGCAUGAAGUCCAUGAACGUGCCCACGUGGGACGUGAACCAGGGUAAACUACAGACGAGGAAGGAUCCCGUGGAGCGCGUCGAUCCAAUCGUUGCGAUGAUCGGAGCGCCCGGGUCGGAUGAGGAUACCCGGGUCGCCGCGAAGGAGGACACCGCGAAGGAGGACACCGCGAAGGAGGACAUCGCGAAGGAGGACACCGCCAAGUACCCCGCGCCGUACAGCGGGUUCGUUCCCCCCGAGGUCACCAAGGAGGUCAUCGUCAAGAUGCCGUCGCCCGGCGCGUUGGACGACGUGGACGAACGUCUGUGGGUGCCGCAGACGGCGGAUGUCAGUUUCCGACCGCUGCUCCUGAACGUGUCGCAGGGAUACUACGUCAACCUGCUCAGGGUUCGGGGAGGCGGCGGCGUCUUGUCGCGACACCGACACCCCGGUCCGGUGCACGGAUGGGUGCUGAAGGGACGGUGGAGGUACCUGGAGCACGAUUGGGUGGCGGAGGAGGGAUCUUACGUGUUUGAACCGCCGGGCGAGACCCACACGCUCGUGGUGCCAGACGGCGUCGAGGAGAUGAUCACGCUGUUCAACGUGACCGGCCCGCUGCUGUACUGCGACGAGGACGGUAAGGUUGUGAACGCGGAGGACGUCUUCGAUAAGCUGGCGCUGGCCAAGGCGCACUACGAGAAGGUGGGACUCGGGGCAGACUACGUGGACCAAUUCGUCCGCUGACGUCAGUCAGAUUCACAAUAUCAGUUCGAGUUGUUCAUC